CGUGGAAUAUUUUGCCAAUGUCAACUUUUUUAUUUGUUGGACGAAUUAUAUUCUUGAAUACAGUAUUAAUUCUGAUAAUUUCGCCAAUAUCGUUGCUCAUUUAAAUUAUUUUGACGCGUUUAUAGUGUUGCCAUAUAAUAAAACAAAUAAAUUAUAGAAAUACGUGUUAGUGUCACAUAAAUACAUUUGUUAUUUAUCGACUUUAAAAUGCCAAAACUUUAACGUCGUAUUCUACAUGGGAUCAAAAUUCCGCCACAUGUUUGGUGAAUAAAACUGAGAGCGUGUUGCUUAAAGGAUAUUCAGCUUGUGUACUGUGUAAACUUCUGCCUGGAGAAAUCAGGGUAAUUUGUGGAGGUGAUUGAGGGUAAUUCGCCACAGACUCAUUACUAACGGUGCGGUCAGUUGGUGAUCAUCAUUCCAUACAAAGAUGUUUAGCCUCGAGAGCUAUGGAGAUGAAUCGUCGCAGUCUCUCGCCUUCCACUCCUAGGAGCAGAGCCAUGGAUAAAUAUGAACAGUUGGCUGUUGUGGGGGAGGGCUCGUACGGCGUGGUCUUGAAAUGUCGUCGUCGGGACACGGGCCAGUUGGUCGCUAUCAAAAAGUUCCUGGAGACCGAAGACGACGCUGCCGUCAGGAAGAUGGCUCUCAGAGAAAUUAGGAUGUUGAAGAAACUUCACCACGAUCACUUGGUGAACAUGAUCGAGGUGUUCCGUCGGAAGCGACGCUUCUACCUCGUGUUCGAAUACCUGGACCACACGCUGCUCGACGAGCUGGAGGCGGCCCCCAGCGGCCUGGGGGAGGACACCGCCAAGAGACACUUGUACCAGCUGCUGAAAGGAGUCGACUACUGUCACCAGAACUCUAUAAUUCAUCGUGACGUGAAACCGGAGAACGUGCUGGUGUCCAACAACGGGAUAGUGAAGCUGUGCGACCUGGGGUUCGCGAGAGCCCUGGCGGCGCCCGGCGAGCCUUACACGGAGUACGUGGCCACCAGGUGGUACAGGGCUCCCGAGUUACUGGUCGCUGAGCACAGAUACGGCGCUGAGGUUGAUAUUUGGGCGAUCGGCUGUCUGUUCGCGGAGAUGCUGACCGGCGAGCCGCUGUUCCCCGGGGACUCCGACAUCGACCAGCUCUCGCUCAUCAUCAAGAUCGUCGGUAAGUUGGCUCCUCGUCACCAGCAGGUGGUGUCUCGCCUGUCGUCUGCUCUCCCGGCGGCGGCCCGCGGCCCCUCAGGCCUGCCGGGGGCCGCCCGGGCCCGGGACCUCCUCGCCGCCUGCCUCAGGACCGAGCCCCGGGCCAGGCCGUCCGCCGCCGCACUACUCAGACACAAAUACUUCGUGGCCGACGGGUUCGCGGAGAGUUUCAAUAACGAGCUGCGGAAGAAAAUGGGAAAAGAAACUGAGACACCUCGGCCGCAGCAGGGAACGACGCGAGUCGCCGGCAAGCCGAGGCAGCAGUGGACUUUGAACAUAAUAUCAGACACGAACAGGUCCCGCACGAACAGCACGGCCGAGGAGUCGCUCAUAGACUAUAAUUACACACCAAAUACUGAAACUCAGAAUGAGACCGAGAAGAAAAAUUCACAAUCAUCAGCGCAGGAAACGGAAGAGGUACCGCUCUCAUGGUGCACCAGCACUUCCGGCACAGCUGUGCACAACAGCACGGUGACUGGUACGGGGACAACGGGACAGGGGGUGACGGGGCAAGGGGGAACGGGGCAAGGGGUAACGAGACCGACCCUGCCCCGCUCACUAGCUAGGGCCAUAGAUGAGACAUUCCAAACAUUCCCCGUACCAGUCAACACAUACCCCAGGACGCCCUACAUAAAGAAAGUGAACAGUAAACUGGUGAUGGAUGAAGAACUGCUGCGAGGGAAGAAAGUCGCCAAGAAGAUGGCGCCGGAGUUCUCAUUGCCUUAUGUACCAGGAGCCAGCAACAGUCCGGUGAAGAAGGCGAAAAAACCACAGACCCACAAGACUCACGACCAUUGUGAUAGUAACAAUAUGACACCUCAAACAAGGACGCCGACGAAUCUGCCGUAUAUGUGACUAUAUGGACGCGGCUUGUGGAAAGCCAACCGCUGAAAUUUUUGUUAACUUGUCGUAUUUAUUAUAAAAAUAUUUAUAAAUAUAUGUGUCAUCCGCCACACGGAGGUCCGGCGUGGAAUAUUUUACCUUUAAUGACUUUAAAUGUGAUAAGGAAAAAUUUGAAGCAUUUGUUAAAAUUUAAAAAGUUCGUAUUAAAAAUCGAGAAGUAAUCCAUGAAUCUUAUUUUAAAAGCAAUGAGAUUGUAAGCCGACGAAAAGUAGUGAGAUGUCGUAACCUUAACGCAUAACGUGUGCUGAGUAAAAAGGUUUAUUACAUUUUCUUAUAGAAUCAUUAUAUAAAUAUUUUGUACAAAAAAAUAUUAAAACUUAGCAGAUAAUAGCGCUAUUGCUGGUUGCGAAUACUAAUUUGUACUGAUUUUUUUUUCUAUAUAGUAAAUGAUAAAGUUGUACAAUCUAACUACAGACAAUUCUAGACAAUAGUUGAAUAGAUAAUAAAUUGCUAUAUUAAACGUAGUCUGGCUUGAUGUGUAUAAAUUACAUUAGUGAUACAAAAACGAAUUUAGAUGGAUUUACGCCCGAACAAGUUUUGUAUGGAAAGUGGUUUGUAUAUAAAAUAUUAUUCCGACGUAAUAAACAUUUUAUGAAAA